ACUGCAGCGGUUUGGUGCAGAGGUUUGGACUCUCUCUGUUGUUCAGGCUCAGAGCUUCUCUGACUCGAACUCGGUUCUUUAGAAAGAAGCCGUUCAGACGCGAAAGCCGAUCGAAAACACGGACUUUGAACCAUGAGGGGGUUUGCGGUGUGGGCUUGUUUAGCCCUUUUUUCGCUGUUAGUACUGGGAGGUCUGGCAGAUGAUUUUAAGCUGUCUGAUGCUUUUGACGAUCCAACUUCUCCUACUCCAAAGCAAAAGGAAAAUGAACAACCUGGAGGAGGAGUUAAUCCUGAAAAACCUACCCAAAAACCUGCUGUCAAGCCCAAAGAGCCUGUCAAGUCCACAACCAAACCCAAAGAGGAGAACCUUGCUGAUUUCUUUGGGCCAACCGUGCGGUCUGCUUUGUUGCCCCGCACAUCCGCCAGACCCCUUCGUCCCUCUGCCCCGUCUGGCAAGACCGAUCCGCUUGCAUUUGACCUGGCUGAUGCACUGCCUGAAAAUAACAAGAAAAAUCAAAACGAUAAAGACUUUGGAGGAGGUGACAGCAACCCCGGUAUUGCAGGUGGAAAUGGCGGAAAAGGUUUAACCGAUGAUGAUCUGUACAAUUUGAACAAGGAUGGCAGCUAUCAUCCAGACAAAGGGACAGGAGGGAAAAAAGGUUCUGGAGGUUCAGGGGGUUCGGACAGUCCUGUGGACCCUGCUGAUGAUGGUGAUUAUGACAGCAUGGCAGAAACUGGCACCAUCGCUGGCAUUGUGAGUGCUGUUGCCAUGGCGCUGCUUGGUGCAGUCAGCAGCUAUAUCUCUUACCAGAAGAAGAAGUUCUGCUUCAGCAUACAGCAGAGUCUGAAUGCAGAUAUGGUUAAAGCAGAGAAUCCAGAAGCCGUCGUUGCUCAAGAGCCUCAAGUUCAGCAGACUCUUCUCCAGCCCCCCAACGCUGAGCCGCCCACAGAAGACAAUGCGGUGUAACGUUUGAUUGUGAAUUCCAACCUGAAGAGGGAGCAGUGCUCGACACGUACAUGCUCUCAACGGGGAAAAAGAUCUGUUUUGUCAUGAAAUCAACCAAUCUGUGAAUAUUUAUUUAAGUGUUUACCUUCAUUUUCACUCCUACAGUUUACAAUAUUAUUCCUAGGAAGAUGGAAAUUGUGAAAAAAAGUUUAAUGUGUUGCUCAUUGAAAGAACAAGCUGUUCAUGCAUUCGUGCUGCUCCAGCUUUUUGACCCUCUGAUGGGAAAGCAUCACUGUGUAACUAGCGUGUAUCAUUAUUCCACAGUCCAUCAUCGGAUUAUCCAGAUAACGGUAAAUGAAGUAUGUCUAUAGGGAGCGCUUUAGAGCAGGGAAACCUGACUGUGGUCCUGUACGAUUACAGUCCAGUACACUUUCCUCAAUGACACCUGACUGAACUGUGUGGAUCAUUAGCUAAGAGUGUUAGAUGAGAGAAACCUUCACACUGUGCUUGAUUACAAGAAGUCAGGAUCAGAGCCAGCUUCCCCUGAUUUAUAAAUUGAAUGUUGAUCAAGGUGACCUUAAAGUAAUUCCUGGUUGCUGAAGAUUUAUCUUUUUACAAGCACCCUUUUCAUAAAAAAAAAAAAAAUGAUUUGUACAUUUGUGCCCUGCUGUUUUUUCAGAGCCGAGUGAAUUAAUAAUUGUAUAUAGGCAGCUUUUUGUGCCCUGAAAUUCAUCUGGACUUAACUGGAUUGAAACUGAAGAUAGCUGCUCACUGCUUUAAUUUGCUUUAAAAAAAAAAAAGACAGGAAGUGAGCUUAGGUGUAUCAAAAGGUGGUUGUGUUGAAGAAACCUUGUUGAUGGCGCUUUGCUAACUCGCUUUCUUUUGUGUGUGAGUGUGUGUGUUUACUGGUACAACAUUGGUAGCAGAUUUUCAGAGGCGAGCUUACUGUAACGAAGACGCCCAGGUUUAUUUGUUCUGGCAUAUGUAGAAACUGAAGUCUUACAUGUUAGCACAAACACGGUACUUUUUUUUUUUUGUUUCCUUAUUAGGGAAUUUGCCGUUUUGAAGGUUUUUGAAGAUAUUGUGCUUAUUCCACGUGCUUUGUGUGUUAUUCAUGUUUGUACUCAAAUGGUUGUAUUGGUGUAUCUUUAUAUACACUUAUGGCGGUGUAGCUACAGUACAAUAGAUUUUGUUAGCAGUCAUAUUAAUAGUCAUAUUAAGUGUAUGGGCUUAGAUUUUUGUCUUUUUGAUCCACUUAAACUUUUCACCCCUUCACAGUUUUGCUGUGUUGGCUGUGUUCCAGUUGGUGUGUGUUUGAGCAGGCUUUCUUAGACGUGCUGUGUGAAUGGUUGCUUAGUUCCUCAGAUUUGGAUUUAGCUGUAGGGCCUGGAGAUGUUUGGAGUUUGAAGAGGUGGCAAUAAAAGAUUUGGAACACAGCCCUGCUUUCCUUCCUGAGGUUCCCCAGCCUUUUCUGUCACAUGUCGCCUCCUUGCUGAGCUCAAUCCUGCUGUACCUUCUCUAUCUUUUUAGCCACAUGCCACUGGUGCUUCACUUCUUAGGCCUUAUCCUGUUAAGCGGCCGCACUAUCGCAAAAGAGAGUUAAGUAUGCUGACUGUAUCAGCUCCAGCUAAAUCUGUAUGUAGGUAGGACUCUUGGUAGGACAGUCCACUGUAUAACAUAACACAGACCAAACAUCCACAACGCUUCUACGAAAUAUAGUUGAAUGUCCGCUUACGCGCAACACAUCGACGCCGUCACGUCCUAUCGAGAGUUCCAGUUGAUGCUUCUAAUCUAACAGAGUGUAGAUUUUUUUUUACUCUGCUGCAAUUUUUUGACCACUUUUAACGUAGCAUCUCGUGUUACUUUUGGCAAAAAUGUCAAACACCAAAGACAAGGCAGUGAAGACAUGAUCUUGUUCCUUUGUGUUUUUUCUGCCUCAGAGCUUGGCGACUGUUUCGAGUUGAUUUGUAGCGAAAUUUUAAAAUCACAAAUGCCUUGAGAAAACAUAGAUUUUGAAGAAUUGAUCAAAAAAUGCAUUAACUGUAAUUGACUGUUAAAUUUGCCAUGUGGUGGAUUUUAAGGAUGUACUGUGAUCAGCGUGGCUACGUCUGUAUCAAGUUAUUGAAAAGGCCACAAGUUGGAGGUUGCAUUUGGUUUUCGAAGGAAUUUUGAGCUCUUUGUGUCUUUUGGAUAGGAACUGCAAAACAUUUUCUAUAAGGGUGAAAACAGAUGCAUGCUUAGAUUCUUUAGCUGUAGCCAGUUUUUUCUUGCUUACCGCAUUGACGUAUAAAGUUUGGACAAGUUCUGUAGAGAGACCUUUCUGAAGUGUUUUUGGAUUUGCACUGCCAGUGAAGUGACACAUUUAACGCCAACACCACAGAUCAAAUUACAAUGUCAUACAGUAGGACUUUGUAUUUUCUUACCAGUGUCUGUUCCCUUCAGUCUGGACUUAUGGCUGAGUCAUAGACUCCCCAUCAUGUGAAGGCAAGACAUUAUUUAAGAUCUACUGACAAUCUUUACUGCUUCAAUAGUCAGUUUUCUACUUGUAUAGGACACUGUUUCAAGAUCUGUUUCAACUCUCACUGGACUGGCAAUACCUGAUAGAAAGAGAGUAACAUGAAGAAAAAACAACAAUAAAAGACUGAAAAUGAA